GCACAUUUGCAGCUGGUGCAGCCACCGUAGACGGGGGAAGCGGUGCAGCGGUGCAGCGGGCAGCGGUGUGAGUGACAGCUGAGUGCCGCCGUUGCCAUGGGCCCCCCGGGCUACGCUGUGGUUGUGGCGCUGCUGCUGCUGCUGCUGGUGGUCUGGGCUCAUGAGGCGGCGGCUGCUGCACAGGUGCCCCUGGUGCUCAACACCUGGGCGUUUGCAGGCGCUGCCCGACGAGCGUGGAGCACCAUUGCAUCGGGGGGCUCAGUGUUAGAUGCGGUGGAACAGGGAUGCAGCUGGUGUGAGGAUGCGCAGUGUGACGGCACCGUGGGGUAUGGAGGGAGCCCGGACGAACGCGGGGAGACAACAUUGGAUGCCAUGAUUAUGAACGGUGACACGAUGGAGGUUGGGGCAGUCGGGGACCUGCGGAGGGUUAAAAGUGCGAUCAGUGUGGCUCGAGCAGUAAUGGAGCACAGCACUCACACGCUGCUGGUGGGAGAGUCAGCUUCAAUAUUUGCUCAGAACAUGGGAUUCCUCAGUGAAGAUUUGACGACCACCAGAUCGCUGUCCUUGCAUUGGGAAUGGCUGCAGAACAAGUGUCAGCCUAAUAGCUGGAAGAAUGUUUUCCCAAAUCCUGAGACAACUUGUGGACCAUAUAAACCAAUCAAAGAGCUUGGGUCACAACAGCACAGAGUGUCGGCAUACCGAGCUAACAUCCACAACCACGACACAAUCGGUUUAAUUGCAAUUGAUAAGUUUGGGAAUAUCGCAGCAGGAACAUCGACCAAUGGGCAGAUCCAUAAAAUCCAUGGCCGUGUAGGGGAUUCCCCGAUCGUUGGAGCGGGUGCCUAUGCCGACAGCACAGCUGGAGCAGCAGCUGCGACCGGGAAUGGAGACAUCAUGAUGCGAUUCCUCCCAAGCUACCAGGCAGUGGAAUACAUGAGAAUGGGAAUUGAUCCAAUCACCGCCUGCCAGAAAGUUAUUAGAAGAAUCCAAAAGUACCAUCCAAACCUUUUUGGUGCCGUCAUCUGUGCCAACAAGACUGGGAGUUACGGUGCUGCUUGUAGCAAAUCCCCAGGACUAGAUCAGUUUCAUUUUAUGGUUUACAAUCCUGAAAAGGGCUCGGAUCAAACUGUGGACUGCAUUUAAUGAAGAUGCAAGGAACUGAAGAUGCUGGAAUCUUGCCCAAAACACAAAGUGCUGGAGGAACGCAGUGGGUCAGGCAACGUCUGUGGAGGGAAUGGACAUGCCAUGUCGGGUCGGGACCCUUUUUCAGACUGCAUUUCAAUUGCAAAUUAUUUUAUGAUUCAAGUUGUUUGCACUGAUUGUAGUUUUACUGUUUCAUAAUCGUCCUUUGAUAAGCUUCCAACAACUUGCUGUGUCAAAGUAAUUUUUAAGUAAAUGCUGAAGUUUUGUUGCAAUCUGCUGAGAUGUUGUUAUUAAACUGCAGACAUGUCUGAUUUGCCCAUUAAA